AUGGCCUUGCAGUCUUUCCAUCUCUUUCCAUCUCUUCCUACAGAAAUUCGUCGGAUGAUCUACAUUUUCGCCACGCCGCCUCGCGUCGUCCGUAUCAAAGGGGUAGCCGAAGACAAGGACGAGUUUCUGAGGAAUCUCAAUACCAUAGCCUUUGAGCGACGGCUAUGCCCUUCCCUGACACAUUUCGCUCACCACUGGCGCGGUUAUAUUCCCAAGAAUUUCAGACAUCCAACGCUCAAGGGCUUCGGGUUUACGGGCGCCCGGCCACGCUACCAACCGUGGGAGCUGUCAGAUGCUACACCGGAAAUCAGUAUAAAGUGGCUGGCUGAGGAACCGAGGCUAGCAUGGGUGAUGCUCCGCGAAAGCUACAUGUACAGCGACACAUCAAUCCCAGCACUACUGCACGUCUGCCGUGAAUCGCGCAAGGAGUUGGAAAGGCUCGGAUACGAGCUUGCCUUUCGAACUCGCCUACAGGGCCCUCGAACAUGGUUCAAUUUCAAGGGCGACGUGAUGUACAUCACUAGAGUCAGGCAAAGCCUGCAGGGUUUAGAAAAUGAUUUGGAAAGCGAUUCAGAAGGUGACAUGAUUCUCAGUGGCAACAUGAUUUACGAUGUCGGGCAGUUCCAUCCGUGUGAUCUAACCAGGGUGAAGAGAUUAGCCUUAGAAGGGGGCGGUCCACUCUUAUUCCCGUUUCGUAGACAGUUAUCCUUGAUAAGUACGGUGUCCAGUAUCUUGAGCCUCUUCGGACACCUAAGUGAGCUGCUGCUUAGCGAAUGGGAGGAAGAAGAUAUCGCCCGUUGGAAGGAGCUAGGACCUCAUUGGGAAGGGAACCUGUUCAACUCGAUUAAUCAGCGCGAGCACCGAUGCUGCUUGGCUGUUGAGGAGAUCGAUGCUUUACAUUCGAUCGUCUUUCCUGAUGGUUGUCGCAAUGACUUAGGGUCCGUUGGGCAAGUUGCCGAAAUACUUAAAGCCUAUCAGCAACACAUGGGGAGCAGUUUCCGCUACUUUGAACACCGACAAGAUGUCAUCGAGCGAGACCUUACCGCAGCGAGGGAUGCCAUGAUUACACUAGGCCCUCACAUACCCGUCCUCCGAGAUCCCUGGCCAAUCCCCAAGGUUCGCGCCGUACACACUCUACCAGAAUCCAUGGCCGAACGAAUGCGCCUUGAGCGCCAGGUUGCGUGGGAAAGGCUCUACCAAAUGAACAGAGACUGGAGAAAAGCUAUAGAGGGUGACCCGACCAACACUUACUCAAGGGACAGGGCCAUGACACCUCAGCUAGAAAUGGCAGAUAGUCCGCCAUUCAGCUGGCAGACAGACGACCACGACGGGUAUUCAGACACUGUAGUCUUUAGCAUCUACUCGGAUGAGCAGAUUGAAAGUGAUACUUUACUAUGGGGUCGAUAUCGUCCGAAGUCCUGGUGGACACAGAAAGGAGUAGUUUCGAAGCCAGGGCAUGAGAUCCUGCUCUAAUGUCAUACCCAGAGUUAAUUUAAUUUCGGGAUAUGUACUUGCGUGAGGGGCUUCUUAUCUCACAAUAUCAAGACAAUUCCUACUACC